CAGCCCCAGAUUAAGCGGCAGGAAGGUGAGACUUGAUCUAUCAGCGAGGGAGAACGAGUCUGAAGCUCCCCGUUAGUUGUCACAAGGACAUUUUUCAAGGAUAUUGUGAUCAUCAUCGUCGUCAGGGAGAAGGACCUUGGCAAAUAAUUUCGACAUCGAGAAAUAUGCUCUAACGAGUGGUUGCAACUCAAUCUGCGGAAGAACAUCGGAACAUUCGACCAUGGCAAAGGAUCGCUGGAUGCGAACUGUGGUGAUCUUCAGUUAUUGCUAGGAUGGCGGCAGAGGACAGAAUAGCCAUAUAUUCAAGGACGUCCUAUUCUCCUAUGCGGCAGUUGCAGAGCACUACACAGAAAUCACCUAGUAUCUAUCGGCCCCUCUGCCUAUCCUACCCCAAGCUAUCUUCUUGCCAAUCUGCACCUCCCCACGGAAAAAUGAAGCAAUUUAUGACUCUGAUCGUAGCUAUCAUGGCCACAAGAGCCGCGGCCGACCUCCACUACACGGGGCUUUGCUACGACUCUCCCGGCCAGGACGUGAAAGUAUUCAAUAAAGCCGCCACAGAGAAGGCCUGCACAUAUUACAAGAAUCGUAAUACCGGCAGCAAGCAAUGGGACCAGUGCCCGGACUGCACUCUCGAAAACGACCAAAGCCUGCUCUACUACUGCAAAUCCGAGGGUCAGCACAUCGGGGGUGAUGAAUUGUCCUAUUACUGUGGUCUCGCCGGAGCAGCUGGUAGUCUAGCCUGGUAAAGGGUGGACCAUUCGGAUUUAUUUGUUUGUACAGCACACAAGCCUGAUUAAGUUGUACACAUUUGCGAUAUAUUGCCAGAACAGCAUCAUACAACUGCAGUAGUGUCAGAACAUCCAAGAAAAAAUAUAGAUCCUUGC